GGAAGAUGCGCAUGCGCUAUGUUUCCAGUAGUUUUUGAGUUGUAGACUAGUUGUUUUAGCUCAUUGAUCUUGUCGGUACUCGGUAGUAAAGAGCUCGGACCGGUAUUCCUCGAUAUGCGCCAGGAACCGUAAGACAUCUACCCAACGAGUGUGGCAGUGCUGACGUAUGGAAUGGAUCCUUCAACCAGCCACACAGCUGAUGGAAUUUGUCCCUUCAAAGUAAAGGAAGAAACAAAACAUGUCCUUGAAGCUUUUUUGAAAAGAUCUUUAAGCAAAGAAGAUGGGAAGUAUGUUGGUCAUGUGGGACGUUCUUAUCAUGACCCUAAAAAGUACCGUUAUAGAUCCAUCCAAGAAGAUAGUAAUAUGGGGUCACCUAAGAAAACAAGAAAAUCGGAUAAAAAAAAGUCUAGAGAGACUGGGAAAGAAAAAGAGGAGAGAAGUCAAAGUCCACCAUUUGGAGAGUCAACUCGGGAAACAAAUGGUAAUUGGAAUUCCAUUCAUGAGGAGAUAAAUCGAGUGGAAGAAUCAAAACAUGGCUUCAAAACGAACAUUAAGAGACUUUUGAGAAAACACAGUCAGACAAAGGAGAAGGCAGCCCACCCAAAAGACUCUAAUGGGAGCACUCAUAGCAAAUCCAGGGAUUCCGUUGAAAAUGUACUUGAAGAUCCUUACAAAGCUAGCAGUAAAGGGGAUUCCAUGAAACGCCAGAAACCAAACCUCCCUUUACUUGCCUGUACCACAGCCGGUUCUGUGGAAUCUUUAGCCCACGAUGAACAAAGUCGCAGGGACCUAGUUGACAAGCAUUCUUCACAGGGAACACAAAAGAAAAGCAAAGGAUUCUCGCUUAAAUCACUGUUAAGGAAGAAAUCAAUGAAGGCUCAAGGCCUCGAGCCUCCUUCUUCCCCAGAAAGACCAAAGUUUUUACCGUUGCAGCCCAGUUUUGAGAUGAAAUCAGGUAAAGAUGAUGAGUCUGAGAUUUAUAACCUGGCAGCUAAGAAGCUAGAAAAACUGGUAAAACAGAAGAAGCUGAAGAGUCCUGUGGCUUCAGUCCAGCAUCCUGUUUUUCCCAGCCCUGUUAAUGUGAAACCUCAUGUAAUUGAAAACAAUAAUGUGGCAGCCAGUGAAAGUGCAUCAGAAGACAAGGAGGAGGUUAUUAAGAAACUGGUGGUACUGCUACAGGAGCAGGCAGUUGUUAUCAAUGAGAAGAUCAGCAGAGAUCCGUUCUUACGAAAUGCCCUUACCAGAAUGUCCUAUGGCAGCUUUUCUCGACUUGUGGAAGUUUUUACCAACCAGGCAGAGGUGUCGGCUGAAGAAGAUGGAGCAUCUGUGAGCUCUGAACUGACAAAGAUAGCUCUGACCAUGGAGUUAACCAGAAAAGUGGCUGGAAUCAACACCUACCCUGUGCAAACACUUAUGGGCUACAGCAUGCAAUACAUGGACAUGUUUGUACCGUGGCUACAGGAACAAGGCGGCUGGGAAAAUAUUGUUUCUCAUACAGAUAUACCAGAUCUCCAGAUAGACUGAAGAGCCUCAAACUACAGUCUACCUCCAGGCUGCAUGAGACAGGAAGUUAAAUAAGUGUUGUCUUCCCAAUAUCCAGCAUACGCUAUUUAAUUUUUAUAUCUCACUACUGUUUUGAUAACAAGAAGAAAAAAAAAACUCUUGUCUCUACCAGCCAUGAAAUUGUGACUAUAUACUUGCCAGAAGUAUUUGGCAUAAGCAAAAGGUAGUGGACAAGUGAGCCCUCCGUGCUCCUCAACUUCAGGAAAAAAGUAUAAAAGAAGAUUGCAAUGAUGUGAAUUUUUAAUACUGAUUUUUGUUUUAAAUAUUUUUUUUAAUUAUGUAAAUCAAAAUUUGAAUUGUGUCAUUAAUAUAACCGUUACAUUUUAAAGGAGUUAUUUAUAGUAAUGGUUUAAAAAAACUAAAAAAAAGUGUUUUGUUGAUGUCAUUUGUUAUUGGAGACCCUUGUGAUACCUAAUAGACCAGCGUAUUCCACCAAUGUGGAUAGCAUGCCUUUAUUACAGUGUAGCCUAUAUUUAUUAAAUAAGAAAUGAAGUGGCGUUUGGGGCAAAGAGAAUCAGGGCUUUUUUGCAAUAAGUAUAAAAGUAUAUUUAUAAAGUAGUUUUUAACCUAUCAAUGAUGCUAUUUUUAAUUGAUGUUGCAAUGUAAUGUUUUUAGCUUUCUGUAUAGUACACUGUGAUUUAGUACUUUUCAUAUUCCUCAAAUAUCAGAGACUUCCAUACCAGACUGCUGUGAUUAGUGAUCCGUCAGGUGGUAAGAGAGCCACAUUUUCCCAACUUACUGCCACUAUUUGCCCAGAUCUUUUCUCCUACUAUUAGAGGGAUAUGUCAGUAGCCAGUAUGCUGGAGCUGUGCAAUGCCAGGUACAUUUUAACAUCAGAUUGGUACAACGUGCAUGUACCAGGUGUGUGAUCUCUGUAUUAAUAAGGGCACUAAUUUGUAGGUACUCUAUGUGCAUGAAGAGUACCUACUAAUUACCAGAGAGAUUAGCCCCAUGCAUGUAGUGCUGAUCCUGGCAUAUGCUAUACUGCUGCCAUACACCUCCAGUCAUGCCACUUUUUAUUUUAUUAUGGAACCUUCCCAAAUGCUCUUUCUUAAAAAUCCAGAAAUACUGAUGGGUGCAUACUCCUUGUUCAAUGCAGUUGAGUGGCACAUGCUCAAGAUAUAUUAGAAAACAAUGCAUAUAGUUAUGCCAAGUAGCCCCAGUUGUUUUAAUAUGAAUUAUACUAAUCAUGUAAGGAUUGUAAGUAUUAUUUGACAUCCGUUAAGGAUACCCAUAGCAAAACAAAUCCCUUUUGCAGAAGUAGAGUAAUUCUCUUUAUCCUUCUGUAGCUCUCCCUUUGAGAAAAAACAUCUUUAAACUGAUAUAGCUACUCAAGAUUGCCACAUCAUAGAGUAUAAGUAAUAUUUGCUACAGGGCAGUUAUGUGAUGAUGCAAAUGUAUGCAAUAAGGAGAUCAAACACUGUAGUUGUUUGUGCAUUACAUUUCUGAAUCCCAUGUUCUGGAUGACAAUGUAGAUUAAUAUACUAAAAGAGAGUACUUUCUGCACAUAUUUUAUAUUUUUAUAGUACAAAAAGGGUUUCGGUCAUUAUGUCACAGUGCUAGCCUAGUGUUUUUCUCUUAUUAAUUUGAAUAGCAUAGGUCACAUCACACAUAUGCAUAGAUGUUCAUAAGAAAUACUAUUAAUGUAGCAGUCAUCAGACACUACUUUUACUAAUGGCAGUAACAGCAAAACACUACAUAAACUGUAAUAAAGAAUUUUGCUGUUCUACCAGUGGAAAAGUUUACAGAUAAAAUAAUAUCUGCCCCUAAUUAUCUGUGACCCGAGUGUGCAUUUUGGUUUAGAGCUUUGAUUGUGCCAUGAAGACAGAUGCUCCCUGUUCUUAUUGCACUGAUAUUCAGAAGACAUAAUUUAAGCACUGAAUUGUAUACUGUGUUUUAUAUAGCUAUUGUGAAGUCUGUUGUUUUUUUUUUUUUUUUUUUUUUUUUUAUUGUUUUCUAUAACUGAUUCCUGAACUAUAAAGCUGGUCUUUAUUAAAUCUACAGACUUGCACUAAACUGGUUAAGCUCUGGCAACAGGAUUGUCAAAUGUUCCUUAACUUGAAUUCUGCAUACGUGCAGUGUAUUCAAUAAGGCCUUAAUAUCAUCUGUAAGAAUAUAUGGCAAUGAUGGACUACAAAAAUGUGUGAUCGAUGCCAAAUAAAAUCUUGUAUAUAAAACAUGCAAA